GAGAUUAAUAUCACUCCACAAUGGGACCUGGAGGACCUGGGCCAGGAGGCGGAGGAGGAGGACCCGGACCUGGAGGACCGGGUUGGGGACCUGGAGGAGGAGGACCCGGACCUGGAGGACCGGGUUGGGGACCAGGACCUGGUGGGCCGGGUUGGGGACCUGGAGGACCUGGUGGACCGGGUUGGGGACCUGGCCCUGGUGGGCCGGGUUGGGGACCUGGAGGACAGGGUUGGGGACCUGGAGGACCCGGGGGACUUGGUUUCUUUGGUGGGUUUGCCGAUGGUAUUUGCAGCGCAAUAAGUGCUUGCUUGUCCUGUCUCUGUUGCUGCUGGUUAUUCCAAGAUUGUUUUGGUGGGCCUUCUAGACCAGGUGGACCUGCUCGUCCUUUCUGAGAAUUCUGAUACUACCACUACCACUUCUACUGAUACUUCCUUUUUCUUUACUAGUAGCCUUUUUUUUUGUCUCAUCGUCUGUUGGAAUGUAACGUUGGUUGUGAUUCUCAUAGUAGCAAUAAAAUCCCUAAACCAAAAAUUUCCUUCUUGUUCA